CGCGCGUGCAUGUUGCAGAGGCUGCAUGCGCCGCUAUCAAUAUAUUGUAUAGGAUAGGGUGCUCUGCAGCCAUCUUCGGUGGCUUCGCGUGCUCGCUAUACGGUACGGCGCGCCCUCCAAAGGACGCCGACAUCCUCGUCCUCCCCCUGUCCGCGCUUGCGCGCGCGUCCUAUACCACCGAGGGUAUCAAGAAUAUGAUCGUCACACACGACCCCAUCCACUUCUUCAGCGUCCCGGGCCGCGCCCCCGGCGCCACCUAUUGCGUCCUCCGCUAUCGACCGUCCCUAACCACCACACAAUUCAUCAAAGUGGACAUCCUUCUCCCGGGAACCCUGCACCUCCCCGCUCUCCAUCCUUCGCACAUCGCCUGCAUCAGCGGCUUUCCCGUCAUUCCCUUCGCGCUGCUCCUGCUGCAGAAGCUGCAAGCGUAUGAUGACCACUGGAACGCGCAGGAGCGGCACCAUUUCGUGCGGUGGAAGAAGGAUAGGGAUGAUGUUCAGGCGUUGAUGGGACUGCACGACAUCGUGGGACAAACCAUCCGUGAGCUUCCGUGGGGCGAUGCGACCGUCUUUAGCGAUGAAUUUCUGGCGCUGUCGGUGCAGAGGGUAGCAAAGUUUGCGGGUCGGUUUGAAUGGAGUCGCGCGACGUGGAAAGCCCUAGGGUUUAAGGUAUAGCUUAUGAUAUAUGAAGAACAAGGUAUGGAAAGAAGUAUUGUACGUGUAUAGGAACUUUGUAAGGAACGAGCUUUCACAUUACGCUCAUCGACCAAGGGGGCCUAUUCGAUAUU